AUGGAGAAAUCCUCAUCAAAGACGAAAAGGCGCCGCGACAGCUCCAAUCUAACCCCCAAACGGUCACAACAUUCACAGUCACCCUCAGAGAAAGUUGACGACUUAGCUCCGAAGCCUAAAAAAUCGAAGAAAGAUGUAUCGGCGACCAAAAAGUCUGCAUCAGACCCUAUCCGAUUACAUAUAGCGCCUUUAACAACGGAAUCAGCAAAGGCAAUUGUAGCGGUGCAGCAUCUAUCUACUGCUUCCUUCCAUACGAUCGAUACAUUCCCGGAAAAGAGUUAUGGGUUUGUUACCCUUCCACGAGUAGAAGCAGAAGCGCUGAGGAAGAAGUACAAUGGAACAGUGUUUCGGGGAAUCAAGAUGAGCAUUGAGGAGGCUAGACCGGUCAAAGAAACCUCUUUGAGUCCGAACGGAGGCGGGGCUGGGAAAACGAGGGAAAUCAGCCCGCUAACGAAGGGCAAAAGAGAGGACGGCGUGCUCCCUGGGUUCGAGUUACCGGAAGGGAGGCAAGUUAAGCGUGGGUGGGCGAAAGAUGUCUCUCUGAAAGCUGGGAAAGGCAAUAAUAAACCUUUGGCAGGCACCUCUGAGUGUCUUUUCAAGACGGUUUUGCCUCCGGUCAUAGCAUCUGAAAUAAAAAAAACGGAUCUGGAGGACGAUAAAUCGAGCAAGAAAAGGUCUAAGGCUAGGGCGGUAAAAAAUCAGGUGGUCGUGAAAGAAUUCAAGAAUUCUACGAAGUUCCCAUCUUUCCUUAAGAUGAGUCGCUUACCGACGGAUUCUGCUGAGAGAAGUGCAGAAUUUGUGGAAGGCGUCGGAUGGGUCAAUGAUGCUGGUGAGGUUAUCGAAGUGGCGCCUGCGAAACGAACGAAGUUGAACAUUCAAAAAGAGCCUACGAAGGAGGAGGAGGAGGAGCCUUCAUCGAGUGAAGGUGGUGAAAGUCAACCGGAAUCUCACUACUCGGUCGAGGAAGUCGAGACUCUUUUGACAAAUUCGAAAUCUUUAGCCACUCCGAAUUCUGCCUCUGGUACCAGUGAAAGCGAGGACGAUUUGGAAAGCGACAGUGGGAGCGAAAGCACAGAUCACUCCACAGGGGCGCCAUUACGAAAAACCGGGUCGAGUUCCGGAAGUGUGGAUGAGGUCUCGCCAGAGGCUUCAGGGUCCAGUUCAUCCGAAUCUACCUCGAACCAAAGCUCAAGCUCUGAAUCCGAGUCCGAGUCCGAGUCCGAGUCCAAAGCAAAGCCAACGGAGGUGCAGGAACUGAAACCUACACUCGCGGUGGAACAAACUGCUAAACAACCAUCCUCCAAUUUCGCAAACCUUACAACUAUUUUUAAGCCUAAAUUGUCUUUAGAUAUCGAAACAACUAGCCAAUUUAAAUUCUUUGGGGGUGACCUUGAUGAGAGUGAUGGGCAAGGGGAGGAAGCUGAAGGCGAGGCAGAAGAUGACCAAUCCUCAGUAACUCGCUUUGACGAUAGGAUUCCCUAUACUCCAAUUACUCCUCAAGCGGAACGAUAUCGAUCGGGGGCGCCGACACCAGAUACAGCUGUCGCCCCCCGUUUUAAGGAUUUUUUGCCUUCGCUUAGAGGCUUUGAGAUCUCUAUCCAGCGGGACUACUUUCGAACCAUCACGGCUGAGAAGAAAGAUACCUUGCGGAAGCCUGCCACUGGUGUAAGGCUGUUGUUUCCGCACACAUAUGACGAUUCUCUGUUGGCAAUAUCCAUCUGGGACUCAGUCAAAUUACCCAACAUUUUAACUACUGGAGAGCUACCCGAAAAGCAAGCUCCUUCUUCAGAGGCAAGUAGUGCUAAAAAUAUCGCAGAUGGCGAGAUCGAAAUGACAAAGUCCGAAGAACGGACGAAAAAACCCCUGAUCGCUCAGCAACCCGUAGUAGCGUUGAAAAAAACAGAUAACUUCACGCCAGAUGAGAUCGACCAACCCAAGACUGGCUCUGGAAGCAAGGUUGUUGGUUGGGCUGGGAAGAAGAAAACCUUUGGCGACAGCGAUGAUUUCGAUAUGGUUGACGCCCCUGCUCUCGCGGCACCAAAAGCUAGGAUGGGAGCUGGAAGUGGAGUCGUUGGUUGGGCUGGUAAGAAAAAAACAUUUGACGAUGAUGAUAACGAUUUUGAUGCUACUGCUCCUGUUGUUGAUCAUCGAACCAAGACCAAGACUGGUUCUGGAAGUGGUCUUACUGCCUGGGCCGGGAAGAAGAAGACAUUUGAUGAUGACAGCGAAGAUUUGGGCUUUUCUACCCCAGUAGAGGCACCGACCAAGGCAAAGACCGGAAGUGGAAGCGGGGUUGCCUCCUGGGCUGGGAAGAGGAAAACUUUUGAUGAUGAGAGGGGGGAUAGUCAAGAGAUUGAGGAGGAUAUGAGGCCUGUCGCGCCUAAAACCUCAACCCCAGACCGGCAUUCAAACCCACGGUCACGAGAAGAAGAAGACGACCGCGAAGGCGAGAGGGCACAGUUGCCUAUAGUUCAGGUAUGGGAGAAAGUCUUCCAUGAAAAUAGGGGGGAUUGGAAUAGGCAGUGGAAGAGAAAGAAGCGUGAAGUUGCAAAGGCGAAGAGAAAGAAGGAGAAGGCGAAGCGUGGGUGGACUGGAGUGUCUGUUUAG